GUGAACCGUACAGAAAUAUCACCUGAUAUGUUAGCCAAUCAAACAUUUUCCGUCCUUUUAUGCGUCGAUUUGGGUUUUAGCCAAUCAAACAUGUUCGACUGUGCAGUCUCGUCAAACGCAGCCAUGUCCAACUUCCGCGGGGACGACGUCGCGCAGCACGAACGCACACGAAGUUUGGGACUCACCGCAGGAACUAUCGUGCUCCUGGGGUUCGGGGAAGCAUGUCUUCGCUGCCGUCGACCUGUGCCCCUCGGGCUAGCAUGCCGGUAUGCGCUGUUCAACUUUAUCCCGAGCUUCGUGUGGCGGUCCAUUGACAUGCCGCUCAUCUGUCGGUCGGCCAAAGCCUCGUUGGCGGACACAGUUGACGCGUCCGUUCUUUCUGAAGCACUUCGAUCUGUCCGCUACAUCGUCGCCAGUUAUAGUGCUCUCUACCACUGGCUCAAGCUCCCACACCAGACGCUGCCGUCGGAAAAAGUGCUUCGACUAACCACACCCACGUCUCGCUUGACACCGUAUUCCGUCCGCACGCAUGGCGAUCAUGUCCAACCCGUCGAGAUUGAUGUCGCCGCCCCCGACGUCACUGGUCUACGCAUGCAGCAGUGGUGUUUGCACCAACUCGACGCCACUCGACCUGACGUGUUCCUACUGGAAGUCGACUUAUCGUCAGUAGCCUCGUCGGCACAGGCCGCGUCCAUCUUGACUAGCGCACGGCACGUCGUGGAGCCGUUCCGCGGCCCCCGAGCAUUCGCGAGACGCAUGGAAGCCGUGGUGGUGCUCUUGACGUCCCCCGCGACGGCGCCCGACGUGGUGGCCGGUCAAGAUUGGGAUGUUUGCAUCAACACAGCGUCUAUCGUGUCGACUCAUGUCGUCGACAUCCUUGACGCCAUCUCAACCACCGCCGCCGCCGCCCCUCAUGAAGAAGCGCAUGAUGCGAAGAGCGACCGUGUUCACGACACGUCACCGGUGAUCGUGCACACGGACUCGAUGGAUCAGUUUCAGUCGUUGGCCUCGGGGCUCUUGCAAGCAAACAGGAUACCCCUGCGAUACAGAGACGACGGCAGCACCCUCUUAACCGACGCCGCUGCCGCCGUGCACGUGCUGGCGUUUCAAAAGCCCUCCAGUGCCGUCGAGCGAUUGCAUGUGUUGCUUGACCAAGAGGUAGACGCGACCCACAUUUGCAUCGUGACAGACGCGCCCGACUUUUCUGCGGCGCCUGGGGUGCAUGUUCUCCACAUCCCGGCACUGUGCGACCAAGCGCUGCAGGUUAUUCGCGGUCACUUGCGCUGUGGCAUGACCACGGACGAAGUGCAGGACAGCCUGCGUCUUCGCUACGGCCCCAUGAACUCGAUCACGGCCACUGGCUUUCGUCGUGACAAAUACUCGACGGUCUAACCUACACACAAGUCGAUGAGCGCAGGGGUAUGGAUGGGUAUAGGAAGGAAAAAGUGCGAGUUGCCUAGUAGACACUUCAAUAUCGACAGUCAUGAGUGGGAAAUUGCAAUUUUGAUUCGUACGUACAUACUACUAACAUUGUUACUAGUUAAUACUACGUAACGUUAGUAGAAAUUAACCAACAAUAUUCAAGUAAGGCAAUGCAUC